AUGUUUUUGAACACAAAUAAAAACACAACUUACCGUAUUGUAACAACAAUCGCAUUAUUUUUAUUUAAAACAUCUAAUGUAUUAUCAACAGGAGCAGUGCGAUGCGAGGAUGAAACUAUCGGACCGAUUUUCAUGAAGGAACCCCCAAAUCGUGUUGAUUUCAGCAACACUACCGGAGCAGUUGUCGAAUGUGCCGCACGAGGAUCUCCCGCCCCUGACGUCAUCUGGGUACGAGCUGAUGGAACCGCUGUUGGUGAUGUCCCUGGAUUGAGACAGGUUCUGCCGAACGGUAACUUGGUAUUCCCUCCAUUCAGAGCUGAAGAUUAUCGUCAGGAAGUACACGCUCAGGUAUACGCUUGCUUGGCAAGAAACCAGGUUGGAACCAUUCACUCCAGAGACGUGAACGUGCGAGCCGUGGUCGCGCAGCAUUAUGAUACCGACGUAAACAAGGAGUACGUGAUAAUGGGAAACAGCAUUAUACUUAAAUGUCAGGUCCCCUCCUUCGUGGCUGAUUUCAUUGAAGUUUUAUCGUGGCAUACCGAUGAGAAAGAAGAUUUUUAUCCUGGCGAAAAUUAUGUUGUUCAGCAACAGUAUGAGUCCGAAGUAAACAACGAAUAUGUGAUUAGAGGAAAUUCCGCUAUUCUCAAAUGUUCCAUACCAUCAUUCGUGGCUGAUUUUGUUAAUGUCAUAUCGUGGCAUGAUGAAGCCGAGAACUCAUAUACUAUAAACGGAACAAAAGAGGGAGAGGUUGUCACCCAAUAUUAUGAAGCUGAAGUAGUCUCAGAAUAUGUAAUUCGUGGAAAUACUGCGGUAUUAAAAUGCAACAUCCCUUCUUUUGUUGCCGAUUUUGUUAAAGUAGAAGCUUGGGUUGACUCUGAUGGUGGCGAAUACUUGCUAACCGAUGAUAUCGGUACGACUAAGUUAAACAUAUCAGCCAAGCCCUUUUAUCCAAACUGUCCAAAAUCUCCUUUCAUCAUUACUUCCAUCGUAAAUGGGACUCUCACUCUUCUAGUUGUUAAUCAAUUUUAUGAAGCCGAAAUCCUUACUGAAUACGUCAUAAGAGGCAACAGUGCUGUUUUGAAAUGUUCAAUCCCAUCGUUUGUGGCGGAUUUUGUCAAAGUUGAGGCAUGGAUUGACGAAGAAGGAACUGAAAUAACGCUAACUGAUAAUCUUGUUGUGUCACAGUAUUACGUGACUGAAGCCGAAAACGAGUACGUGAUUAGAGGGAACGCUGCUAUUGUUCACUGCAAGAUUCCUUCAUUUGUUAGUGACUUUGUUUACGUGGAAUCUUGGAUUAUGGAUGAUGGCGAAAUACUUAUGAUUAGUAAUACAAAUAUGACCGUGGUAUCACAACCGUAUGAGGCUGAAGCUGACAACGAAUAUGUCAUUAGAGGAAAUGCGGCUAUAAUGAAAUGUGAAGUACCAAGCUUUGUAUCUGACUUUGUCUAUGUCGAGAUGUGGACAGACAGCGACGGUGGUACUUACUUCCCAGGAAAUGCAGAGGCGGUGCUCCAAGUGUACGAAGCUAGAGUCAACGAUGAGUUUGUUUUACGAGGAAACACUGCCAUUUUAAAAUGCAUCGUGCCUUCUUUCGUGGCCGACUUUGUUCAUGUUGUAGCGUGGUUGAUGGAUAAUGAAACGGUCACUGCCAAUGAAAACACUAAUAUCGACUCCGGUAUCGUUCAUCAAAAUUACGAACCACGCGUUAUCGAUGAAGAUGUACUACGUGGCAAUUCAGCAAUUGUUAAGUGUCUAAUCCCGUCAUUUGUAGCUGAUUAUGUACAAGUUGUUGAAUGGUUAACCGACGAGGAAUCGCUAUCGGUAUUUUCGCCGAAUGACCCCGAAGUCAAUUAUGUUGUGUCACAGGCGUAUACUGUAAACUUAGUCGAAGAAAAUGUUUUACGUGGUAAUGCCGCUAUUUUCAAAUGCCUUAUUCCAAGUUUUGUGACGGAAUAUGUCGCCGUUUCCUCCUGGAUAAUAUCUGAGGGAGAUGAUGAAACAGAAAUUCAAUCAAACGAUUUAAACAAAGAGGUCGUUACUCAAGCCUACACGGUUAAUCUGAUGGAAGAAAGUGUAUUACGUGGCAAUGCCGCUAUAUUAAAAUGCCACAUCUCAACUUUCGUCACUGAAUAUGUCAGUGUAUCAUCUUGGAUUAUUUCUGAAGCUGAUGUAGACGAGUUAGAAAUUAAAGCCGAGUCGAAUGAUUUGGUUGUCUCUCAAGCAUACACCGUUAAUUUGAUGGAAGAGAACGUAUUACGCGGAAAUUCUGCUAUAGUCAAAUGUCACAUUCCAAGUUUUGUGUCUGAGUAUGUUACUGUUUCAUCGUGGAUAAUAUCUGAGGGCGAUAUCGAUGAAAAAUUUAUUAAUACCACAGGAUACGAUAAUUUGGUUGUAUCUCAAAGCUAUACUGUUAACCUUUGGGAGGAAAACGUCUUACGAGGCAAUUCGGCUAUACUGAAAUGCCACAUUCCAAGUUUUGUUACUGAGUACGUUAGUAUUACUUCUUGGAUCAUUUCUGAAGGCGAUACUGAGGAGUUGGAAAUUAAUUUAGAUUCAGACAUUAGAUUAGUCGUAUCCCAAGCAUAUGAUGUUAAGUUUUGGGAAGAAUAUGUUUUACGCGGAAAUGCUGCUAUCCUUAAGUGUCAAAUUCCCAGUUUCGUUUCUGAAUACGUGUCUGUUUCUUCUUGGAUAAUAUCAGAAGAUGAAAUAGAAAAAGAAAUUAAAUUAGACGAUUCCACUGAUUUAGUGGUUUCUCAAGCGUAUGCUGUUAAUCUAAUGGAAGAAUAUGUCCUUAGAGGAAAUGCAGCUAUUGUGAAAUGUCACAUUCCAAGUUUUGUCUCGGAAUACGUCACUGUUGUGUCAUGGAUUGUGAGUGAGGGUGAAGAAGAGGUUGAAAUAAAGCCUGAUUCUAGUGAUAAGUUAGAUGAUGGAAAAUAUUUGGUACUGCCAUCUGGCGAAUUACAUAUCCGUGAUGUUGGACCUGAGGAUGGCUACAAAUCAUACCAAUGUAGAACUAAGCACAGACUUACUGGAGAAACUCGAUUGUCAGCAACUAAAGGACGUUUAGUCAUCACUGAUCACAUCACAUUGAUAAAUCAAGGUCCUCGUAAAUUAGCCUUCUCCCAACAUGCGCAGAACCAGUGGGCCGUGUUCCCCCAAAGUUUCCUAGCGCGCAGACCACAAGCGGUUUCCAGUUUAAAGUGUUCGCCAACCUGGCUGUGUUAUGUCCGGCACAGGCUUUCCCGGCACCCACAAACCGAACCUAUGGGCAGCGCUGCUCCAAAAGUAGCGUCGAAAAUGAUCGAUAUAACUGAAACAACAAUCAAUAGUGCUAAGCCCGUAGGACGAGUACCCCCCAAGUUUCCGACAAUGGAUAAUUCUAGAGGCUUCAGUGCGAGUGUUAAUGAAAGCGUUACUUUAUUGUGUCCUGCGCAAGCGUUUCCAGUUCCCCUAUCCAGAAUCGUGUCCUAUCCCAGUGUUCAGAGCCUGUUUCUGCUCGAGCACCCACUUUUCCUACUUCAGCGUCAUCGUAUAAUUAUGAUAUUGAGAAAGCCUCAGGAGGCUCAAUGCUUUGUCAAGCGCAGGGGUAUCCUCAACCAAUGUUCAGAGCCUAUUGCGAGUGCCAUACCCAGUAUAACUGCUAUUUCAAAGGCUGCGAUCCAUUUCUCUCAAAAGUCACCAUUGGCUCUCUUAUGUCCUGCACAAGGAUUUCCGGUGCCAGUAUCAAGGACGGGGCCGAAGGUUACUGGAGACGGACUUAAUCGUCACGUAGGGCGUGGUGGUUUAAAUUUGGCGCUCCUAUGCGAAGUCCAAGCAUUCCCAGCACCUUUGACAAGAUGGUAUAAAUUUAUCGAUGGUUCAGCAAGAAAGCAACCAGUGGUUCUUAAUGAUAGAGUGAAACAGGUAUCAGGAACACUUAUUAUUAAAGAAGCUAAAGUUGAGGAUUCCGGGAAAUACCUGUGUGUUGUCAAUAACUCUGUUGGUGGUGAAUCGGUGGAAACUGUUCUGACUGUAACUGCUCCAUUAAAAGCUACUGUUGAACCUGCGACACAAACUGUUGAUUUCGGACGUCCCGCCGUUUUUACCUGCAGAUACGAAGGCAAUCCCGUAAAAACUAUCACUUGGCUUAAGGAUGGCAAGGACAUGAAACAUCACGACCCUAUUCUCAGGAUUGAAUCGGUUAAGAAGGAAGACAAAGGAAUGUACCAGUGUUUUAUUAGAAAUGACCAGGAAAGUGCCGGUGCCAGCGCUGAAUUGAAACUAGGAGGACGAUUCGAACCACCACAAAUCCGUCACAGCUUUGGCGAACAGACCCUUAGAUCUGGACCUUCCCUGCGCCUUAAGUGUGUUGCUUCUGGAAACCCCACGCCCGACAUCGCUUGGCAACUUGAUGGUGAGAAACUGAACAGUGGAGAGCGCCUUCAAAUCGGACAAUUCGUCACCGCUGACGGCAAUGUUGAAUCACACCUGAAUAUCUCCUCCGUGCACACCAACGAUGGCGGAUUGUACUCCUGUAUCGCAUCUAGCAAGGUCGGCAGCGCUUCCCACUCGGCCCGCGUCAAUGUCUAUGGUCUUCCCUAUGUACGUCCCAUGAAGAAACGCCCAGUAGUUGCUGGAGACACCCUCGUCGUACACUGCCCAGUAGCCGGAUACCCCAUCGAUACUAUUGUAUGGGAGAGAGACGGACGCAUCCUGCCAAUCAACCGUAAACAGAAGGUCUUCCCCAAUGGCACACUUGUAAUUGAAAACGUUGAACGUAUGAGCGACCAGGCGACCUACACGUGCGUUGUCAAGAACUCGCAGGCGUAUAGCGCUCGUGGCACACUCGAACUGCAAGUCAUGGUACCACCGCAAAUACUGCCGUUUGAGUUCGGUGACGAACCAGCAAACGCCGGGGAUAUGGCGUCUGUAUCUUGCGCCGUUAGUAAGGGCGAUCAACCAUUGAAUAUAUCAUGGAUUUUCAAUGGACAAAUUCUUUACAAGAAUAAUGAUCUCGGAAUCGUUUUGACGAACAUUAAUAGAAAAACUUCCAUUCUAAACAUUGAUUCCGUGAACGGAGUUCAUAGGGGCACAUAUUAUUGUGUGGCGACGAACCCAGCUGGCUCUGUCAAUCACAGCGCUGUACUUGAAGUCAAUGUCCCCCCACAAAUCACGCCGUUUGAAUUCGGUGAGGAGAUCCUAAAUGAAGGUGAAACAGCAUCGGUCUCUUGCGUUAUGAGCAAAGGUGAUCUCCCCGUGACCUUCAAGUGGCUCUUUAAUGGCGAGGAAAUAAAACCGCGUAACAAUAUCGGCAUUGUAUUGACCACCAUUAGCAAGAAAACAUCGAUUCUAAACAUUGAGGCGGUAAAUUCAAUACAUAGAGGAUCUUACACUUGCCAAAUAAGAAACCAAGCAGGGGAAACAAAUCACACGACUCUCCUUAGUGUUAACGUACCUCCUCAAAUAUUACCCUUCGAGUUUGGCGAUGAACCCGCUAAUGCUGGUGACACUGCGUCAGUUCAGUGCGUUAUGAAUAAGGGAGACCUUCCGGCUCAAUUCUCUUGGAGCUUAAACGGCAGAAAAAUAUCACAAAACAAUGCUCUGGGAAUCGCCAUAGGCAGUAUGAGCAGGAAAAUGUCAAUUCUUAACAUAGAUUCCGUGAAUGGAACGCAUCGUGGAAUUUACGUGUGUCACGUAGAAAACAUAGCUGGUCAAGUGAAUCAUAGUUCGACGCUGGAAGUUAACGUUUUGCCCCAAAUCCAUCCCUUCACUUUCGGUGACGAGCCAGCCAACGCUGGUGAUACAGUCGGAAUUACCUGUAUGGUGACUAAAGGCGACAAACCUAUUAACAUAACAUGGUUCUUAAACGGAAGAGACGUCACAAAAAUACAAGGGAUCACUGUUACCAAAAUUGGUCAUAAAUCAAGCAGUCUCUCGAUUGACGCCGUAUCAUUCAUACACACAGGAGUUUAUACCUGCUUUGUAAAUAAUCAGGCGGGACAUGCGAAUUAUUCAACUGAAUUAGUCGUCAACGUUAUGCCACAGGUAACACCUUUCGAUUUUGGAGAAGAAAUACUUAACGCGGGUGAUACUGUCUCACUCACUUGCACUGUAGGAAAAGGUGAUUUGCCAUUGAAAAUUCAUUGGCAACUUAACAACAAACCCUUAAACACUGGCAAUGGUUUAUUCAUCAACCGUAAUGGAAAAAGAAUAUCCGUUUUGAGUAUCGAAAAUGUGCAACACGAACAUAUCGGCAAUUACACUUGCGUUGCAGAAAACGAAGCUGGUCAAAGUAGUCACAGUGCUAUUCUCAAUGUCAAUGUUGCUCCACAAAUUAUGCCUUUCGAUUUCGGAAACGAGCCUGUAAAUGAUCAGGAGAUGGUUGUAGUAAUGUGCACAGUAAGUAAAGGCGACUUACCUCUAAAUAUUGAGUGGUAUUUCGACGGAAAGCCUUUAAAAUCUAAUGUUAACGGUGUCCUGCUAACCAAUGCUAAAAGAACUAGCCAACUUACAAUUGAAUCAGUUAGUCACCAUAAUCAAGGAAAUUAUACCUGUGCUGUGAAAAAUCAAGCGGGAUUUACAAAUCACACAUCCGAGUUAUAUGUUAACGUGGCACCAAUUAUAACUCCGUUUGACUUCGACGAAUCUGUAUUUUACGGUGAGGGCGUUCAAGUAAUGUGUCACGUUCCAAAAGGAGAUAAGCCCCUUAGUUUCAAAUGGAGUUUCAGUGGAGGCGAUGUGAGUGAACUCUCGGGGGUAAACAUUAUGAAUGUUGGUGAUAUGGGUUCUGCUCUUAUAAUACCUACCGUGACAGCAAAACAUUCUGGCAAUUAUACAUGCACUGCAUCCAACAUUGUUGCCAACGCUAGUCACCAAGGAACGCUUAAUGUCAAGGUGGCACCCAUAAUAUCUCCUUUUGAAUUCGAUGAAGGUGUUUUUUACGGAGAAAGUAUACAAGUUAUGUGCCACAUACCUAAGGGAGAUAUGCCGUUAAACCUUACAUGGCUUUUUCAAGAAAAGCCUAUAAAUAAAAACAACCAAGUUAUUAUAACAAAAAUGGGAGCUAGGAGUUCAAUAUUAGCGAUUCCUUCCGUAUCGGAAAAACAUUCUGGAAACUACACAUGCACGGCUUCCAAUAUUGUAGCGAGCACUAACCACACAUCUGUUUUAAACGUCCAGGUUCCUCCACACAUCGUCCCAUUUGAGGCUGAAGAGCCAGUUUUUGCCGGUGAAUCUGUACAAUUGACGUGUCACGUAUCUAAAGGCGACACGCCUCUUGCUAUCACUUGGAGUUUUCAUGGGAAAGAACUGUCUUCUCAUGAAGGAAUUAUGACAACUAAAAUUGGCCAAAGAACCUCACUCCUUACAAUUCCUAGCGCGACUGCUAGUCACAGUGGCGAAUAUUCAUGUCACGCUUCGAACCAAGCUGGUCCAGCAGCUCACUCCACUACAGUUAAUGUCCAUGUAUUACCAUACAUCGUACCCUUUGAAGCGGACGAGUCAGUGUUUGCCGGUGAACCGGUUCAGCUUAACUGUCAUGUAUCAAAGGGAGAUUUACCUCUCGAUAUCAAGUGGCAUUUUCAUGGGUACGAAAAUACAUCAUCACACCUUGGCAUAAUGACUACUAAAAUGACUUCGCGUACCUCAUUCCUUUCAAUCGCUGCGGCUACUGCCGAUCAUAGUGGCAAUUACACCUGCGUAGCUACCAACAGUGCUGGUUCCACCAACCAUUCCACUGCUCUUAAUGUUCAUGUAAUACCGAACAUAUUGCCGUUUGAAGUCGACCAAGCCCUCUUUUCUGGAGAGUCAGUUCAGAUGAUGUGUCAUAUAUCAAAAGGCGAUAUUCCACUAGACGUUAAAUGGGAGUUUAAUGGGAAACCACUAUCGAGUGAAUUAGGAUCUUUCACGAAAGUUGGAGAACGAUCAUCGGUCUUAAUGCUACCGUCGGUUACGGAUGCUCAUAGCGGAAAUUACACAUGUAUUGCUAAAAACCGCGCGGGCGUCGCUAGAUAUACUACUGUUCUUAAAGUGACUGUUGUUCCAUACAUUAUCCCGUUUGAAGUUGAAGAGUCUAUUUUUGCUGGAGAAUCCGUACACAUUACUUGUCACGUAUCAAAAGGAGACCGACCUCUCCAAAUAACGUGGAGUUUUCAAGGAACUGAAAUUCCUUAUCAUAAUAAUAUGGGCAUUACGACUACUAAGUUGGGGGAAAAAGCCUCAGUCCUUAGUAUUCCAACCGCCAUGGGCCAACAUAGCGGAAACUACACAUGCACUGCCAGUAAUCGUGCUGGUCGCACCCAUCACUCCGCCCUCGUCAAUAUUCAUGUUCCACCCCAUAUCAUGCCGUUUGAAAUUGAGGAGUCCGUUUUUUAUGGAGAAUCGGUACAAAUGACAUGUCAUGCCAGCAAAGGAGACCGGCCUAUGUCCAUUUCCUGGACAUUCGAGGGGCAAGAUAUAUCCAGUAUGUUGGGAAUAAAAACUUUGAAAAUGGCAGAACAGACAUCAUUUUUAUCUAUAGCUUCCGUAACUGGCGCUCACAGUGGCAAUUAUACAUGUAUUGCAAAGAAUAGAGCCGGAGAAGAUAGAUAUUCUACAACUCUUCACGUUAACGUUGUCCCUCAUAUCAAACCAUUUGAACUGGAUGAAGCCGUGUUUGCUGGGGAGUCCGUUCACCUCGACUGUCACGUACCAAAAGGGGACAUUCCUAUGAAUAUAACUUGGAGCUUUCAGGGACAAAUUGUUACAAGUCGGAUGGGUGUUAAAACAACCUCUCUAAGCGAACGCGUUUCUGUUUUGGAUAUAAUAUCAGCAUCAGGAACAAAUAGUGGAAACUACACAUGUACAGCUACUAAUAGAGCGGGCACCGCAAACCACACAGCUACUCUAAACGUGAUCGGUAUCCCUCCCAAUAUUUUGCCGUUUUCUUUUGGCGAGAAACCUGCGAACGUUGGAGAGUACUUACAAGCUGCGUGCACUGUAAACCUUGGCGAUCUUCCACUUACUAUAACUUGGACUUUUAAUGGGCAGUUAAUAUCAUUGAGAAAUAAUGCUUAUUUAUUGACAAAUUCAAAACGCAGUAGUCUUCUCAUAAUUGAGUCAGUAGAUGCAAAACACGCUGGUUCAUAUACUUGCAUUGGUGAAAACCGUGCGGGGCGCUCCACAUACACGUCAGAUUUAAUUGUUUAUGUUCCUCCUAAGAUUGCACCUUUCACUUCCGGUCCGGAACCGGCUUUCCUAGGAGAUUACUUUGCUCUUCAGUGCAUCAUUACCCACGGCGAUCAACCACUUAAUAUUAUGUGGACUAUUAACAAUCAAUCAGCCAGUAAAAUAUCUGGCGUUCGAAUUAAUAGCAUGGACAGAAGAAGUAGUGUUCUUACUAUAGAAUCCAUAGAUGCAAAACAUGCCGGAUGGUACAACUGCACUGCAAGCAAUGCUGGUGGUGUUGUUUCUCAUGUAACCGAAUUGGUUGUAAAGGUUCCGCCCUUGAUAAUACCGUUCAGUUUCGGAGAAGUGCCAUCAAGUCCUGGAGAUACUGUCGUAGUGAACUGUGUUGCAACAAAGGGAGACUUACCACUUGAAAUAUCGUGGACAUUCAGCAGUGAAACUCUUGACUCAAGUUUGCAUCGAGAUAUUACUAUUACUCCGUUGGGUUUUCGCGCCUCUGUAUUGCCCCGCAUAGUUCCGUUUUCAUUCGAAACUCCCCUUUAUGCGGGCCAAGCAACUCAGGUCACUUGCUUAAUUUCCGAGGGUGACCUUCCACUCGAUAUUCAAUGGUACUUUGAAGGUCGUCCGUUAAAAGAAAUAGUUGGCGUUACGGCAACUAAAAUAGCAAAGAGGGCUUCUCUUCUUCUCAUCGACCCAGUUGGCUGGUCUCACAGCGGCACAUAUUUAUGUCUAGCCCGAAAUGCCGCUGGCUCUUCCAACUUUUCGGCCUCAUUAGAAGUUCAUGUACCCCCACGUUGGAUUUUGGAACCAACUGAUAAGGCUUUUGCCCAAGGCUCUGAUGCUAAAGUAGAAUGCAAAGCCGACGGUUUCCCUAAGCCCCAGGUUACAUGGAAGAGGGCUGAAGGUGAUACCCCCGGUGAUUACAAAGACCUUAAACCAAAUAACCCUAAUGUGAAAGUUGAAGAUGGAACCCUCGCUAUAACUAAUAUUCAAAAGACUAACGAAGGAUACUAUCUGUGCGAAGCCGUUAAUGGAAUUGGAUCUGGAUUAUCUGCUGUUAUUUUGAUCAGCGUACAGGCCCCCCCUCAAUUCGAAAUCAAAAUGAGAAACCAAACCGCCCGCCGAAGUGAGCCAGCCGUUCUGCAGUGUCAAGCUAAAGGUGAAAAGCCAAUUGGAAUCAUCUGGAACAUGAACAACAAGCGUUUGGAACCCAAAUCUGAUCCUCGUUACACUAUUCGCGAAGAAAUCUUGCCCGGAGGAGUUGUAUCCGACCUGAGCAUUAGGAGAACUGAACGAUCAGACAGCGCUCUCUUUACCUGCGUCGCUACAAAUGCUUUCGGAUCUGACGAUACCAGCAUCAACAUGAUCAUUCAAGAGGUUCCCGAAGCGCCUUAUGGCUUAAAGGUUUUGGACAAAUCUGGAAGAACCGUACAACUGUCAUGGGCUGCACCUUACGAUGGAAACUCACCGAUCAAGAAGUUCCUCAUUGAAUACAAACGUGCUAAGGGUAACUGGGAAAAAGAUAUUGACAGAGUGCUCGUUCCUGGAGACGCGACCGAAGCCGGAGUAUUCAGUUUAAGACCAGCCACCGCCUACCACAUCAGAAUUGUUGCUGAGAACGAACUUGGAACUUCUGAACCAUCGGAAACCGUUACAAUUAUCACCGCCGAAGAAGCCCCCACUGGCAUGCCUCAAGACGUAAAGGUUGAUGCUGUCGACAAACACACGCUCAGAGUUACCUGGAAACCACCCCAACCUCAGGACUGGAAUGGCGAACUUCAAGGAUACUACGUUGGAUACAAAUUGGCUUCAAGCAAUAAGUCAUUCGUAUUCGAAACUGUAGACAUCUCAAAGGAAUCUGGCAAGGAACACCAUCUCGACAUCUUCAACCUUAAAACAUACACCCAAUACGCGAUGGUAGUGCAGGCUUUCAACAAGAUGGGUUCAGGUCCUGUAUCAAACGAGGUCCGAGCGUACACCGCUGAAGGAGCCCCAUCAGCCCCGCCCCAAGAUGUUCUCUGCACGACACUCACCGCUCAAACUAUUCGCGUGUCAUGGGUAUCACCUCCCUUAGCCGCCGCUAACGGACUCAUCAAAGCCUACAAAGUUAUCUACGGACCCAGCGAAACUUGGUAUGACGAGAAGAGCAAGGACACCAAGAUCACUGCUAGCAGCGAAACAAUUCUCCACGGUCUGAAGAAGUUCACAAACUACUCUAUGGAAGUACUUGCUACGACUAAUGGAGGUGACGGCGUACGAUCAGCACCUAUCCAUUGCCAGACUGAACAAGACGUACCGGAGGCUCCUCGAGCGGUGAAAGCAGUAGUAAUGGGACAGGAAUCCAUCUUGGUGUCGUGGCGAGCGCCCGCUCAACCCAACGGAGUCGUCACACACUACAACGUAUACACACAGGCACAGAACUCUGAACCUCACGCUAACAAGGUCCCAGCAUCCCAAACGAGCUACUCUGCCACUGACCUGAAAGCCGGCCGUUAUGACUUCUGGGUGACUGCUUCGACUAUCAUUGGAGAAGGACAACCUUCAGCGACCGCCUCUUGCAGCCCCAGUGAUAAAGUGCCAGCCAAGAUCGCUUCAUUCGACGAAUCCUUCACCGCUACCUACAAGGAAGAUGUUAAACUGCCCUGUCUCGCCGUCGGUGUACCUCCUCCUAAUAUUCUGUGGAAGGUUAAAGGUCAGCCAUUAGAUGCAUCAGAACGUGUCCGUCAGUUGCCCGAAGGUUCCCUUCAAAUCGCGGGCGUGGCUCGUGAAGAUGCCGGCGAAUACUCUUGCCAUGUUGACAACCAAUUCGGAACUGAUACUGUCACUCACACGCUGUCCGUACUAGCCCCACCAUUCCCCCCACAACUGAGCAUCGCGUCAUCAUCAGUAUCAUCGCUGACUCUUCGUCUCAAACCUUCCAUGGACGCCGAUCAAUCCCCCGCCGCCGGUUACACCAUACAUUACAAACAGGAAUUCGGAGAUUGGGAAACUGUUCAGAUUCCAAGCAAUACUGACACCUACACUUUGGAAAAUCUCUUCUGCGGAUCCAGAUAUCAGCUCUACGUUACAGCUUACAACGGUAUUGGAACCGGUGAAGCGUCAGACGUGGUGAUCGCCCGUACUCGCGGCUCCAAGCCUCCCGUACCACGCGCCGCUGACUUCAUCGAAGUGGGAUCUUCAUCUGUUACUCUACACUUGAAACAAUGGCUGGACGGAGGCUGCCCUAUGAGCCACUUCGUCGUAGAAAACAAGAAGAAGGGUGCUGCUGAAUGGAAUCAGAUCUCCAACGCCGUUAAACCUGGUGGAAACUUUGUUGUACUUGAUCUCGAACCCGCCACUUGGUACGUACUUAGGAUCACUGCCCACAACAACGCUGGAUUCAACGUCGCCGAAUACGAAUUCGCUACUCUCACUAUGACCGGAGGAACUAUUGCUCCAUUGCCCGGUAAUGCUGAGGAUAAAGAACUGCCUCCGUGGGUGAGGGCGUGGCUGGAACCUGAAGUAUUAGUACCGAUCUUGGCCACCAUAGUUGUGUUUAUAGUGGGGAUGGUUGUUAUCUGUUUGACUCUCGCUAGAAGGAACACCCCACAUCGUCUGCGAGGUCAGAAGGAGUACUACGACGCUGUUUACAAUACUUCCGGAGCAGCUAUGGGAGGCGCUGGUGGUACUCUUGACAAACGAGGUGGACUCCGUGAUGAAUUGGGAUACAUCGCGCCUCCCAACCGCAAACUGCCCCCUGUACCCGGCUCUAACUACAACACGUGCGACCGCGUCAAGCGUCAGGCUGUUAUUAUGGGCGCGCACUCCACGUGGGACCCUCGCAGACAUCACUACGAGAGAAUACGACGCAUGAGAAGGACGAAUUCUGGUGAAACUAUCUCUACAGGUAUGGAAGACGAGAUCUGCCCCUACGCGACAUUCCACCUGUUAGGUUUCCGUGAAGAGAUGGACCCAAGCAAGGCGAUCGCGUUCCCUCACCAUCAUCCAUCCCACGCCGGCACCCUCGCGCACCCACAUCCUCACCCACAUCACCCUGCGCACUCACGAGCCGGAUCACAGAGCAUGCCCCGUGCUAACAGCCGUUACGCCCGCAAGAACUCUCAAGGAGGACAAAGCGCUAUUUACUCCACCGCCCCCGAGUAUGACGACCCUGCCACUUGCGCUGAAGAAGACCAAUAUCGUGCCCGCUACUCUCGCCCAAUGUACGCCUGCGGUCCCGAGUACGAUGAACCCGCGUGCUGCGCCCCCGAGGACGAACAAUACACUGGAGCAUACGGCACCCCAUACUCUGACCAUUAUGGAUCACGACCCAGCAUUGGAACCCGUAAAUGCGGCAGCUCCCCCGAGCCCCCACCACCGCCACCCCGCAACAACACCGACAACAACUGCUCAUCAUCCUUCAACGAGAGCAAGGACUCCAACGAGAUCUCCGAGGCUGAAUGUGACCAACCUCGCAACUACCCCGGUAUGAGACAUACCAACUGA